CUCGGCAGCUGUUGUACCUGGAGGCCCUUUGCGUGGCUGAUUGAUGUUAAGCUUGAGCCUGAGGACGCGCAUACUACAAGGCUUUUCAGAUGUCGGUACCAGCCUCCGUAAAAAUAACGAGUAGGGCCCUCAUCUCGUACUUCGCCGGUGGCGUAUGCGUUGCGUUUCUGUACGGCAUAACGACCGGGCAGAUGGCCUUCUACUGGAGCCGCAGCAGGAAGGACACGACGGUCUCGAGAAUUCUAGUUCUGUUGCUCUGGCUGCUAGAUGGUGUACACUACGUGCUCGUGCCGUGUUCCUUCUACGCCCUGUUGGUCCAGAGCUUACAUGGUGGGGAGGCACUAACAGGCGCGAACGCUUUGACUGCCGCCCUCGAUACGUGGAGCUUCCAGGGCGUGUUUGUCGUAACUGGUCUGACCGAUCUUGGAGUCAAGAGCGUCUUCGCGUACCGCAUAUGGAAAUUAAGCAGCAACCGGCUGGUUGGAGCGAUCUUGAUGUUGUUCAGUUUGACAGUUUUCGUGUUGUCAUGCAUCUCUGCAUUUAUCGGAAAUUGCCUUGGCGCGAGCACCCUAAGCUGUUUCUCCGGUGUACCUACACGGGGCAACAUCAAUACUUCCGCAGGAACCGCCAUAGCCAUGCUCGCCUGCGUGGCUAUCUCCGACAUCGCCACUUCCGUUUUGCUCUGCGUCUUUCUGUGGAGACGUCGGACGGGGUUUGCUGGUUUUGACAGGGCGAUGCGCCUGCUCAUGCUUUAUAGCAUAGAGGUUGGAAUGUUAACAAGCUUGGCAUCCGUGGGGAGCCUGACAACGUUCAUCGUAGUGGGCUACAACGACGCAGUGUUCAUCUCGACGUUCUGGGUCGUCCCUAAGCUCAGCAUUAACUCGCUCCUCGCGUUGCUCAAUGCGAGACAUUAUAUAAGAGAGGAGGCAGGAUUGUUCACGUAUCCGUCUUUGGUACACGACUCCCAUGCAGGAGUCAGUGACGAUACCCUGCAAUUUCGUAUGACGGGGAACCGAGUCUGGACCCGGAGCCGCUAGGCACGUAUAUUGACCAUCUAUCUAUUCCGAGACUGCCAGUGACUAAGUACAUCGCAGUCGCCUCAGCUUCUUGUCACAGUUGAGACCGAGGUCGAGCUAGACAGGUGCGUCUACGUUGAUGCGGUGUAUAGCGGUAAUAUUCUUGAACUCAUACCCCUCAAACUCGCAGAGCGAGAGGGCGCAUGAUCAUCUCCGGGGGAGAGGAGUGGAGAACGUCACCGUGUCAAGAGCAGACAACGACCCGCAGUGUGUUAUUAUUCAAGUGAAAGUUUGCAGCAAUAUCAAUCGCCUGUCAGAUUUUCA